AUGAAGUUCUCUGCUGUUGCCAUUGCUCUUACUGCCGCCGUUGUCUUUGCUGCUCCUCACGAGGGACAUGACCACGGAGAUGCUCCUGCUCCCACCCCUGUCGCUGCUGCCGAUGGACACGCUGGUCAUGAUCACGCUCACGACCAUGAUCACGAUCAUGACCACGACCAUGACCACGAUCAUGACCAUGACCACGACCAUGGCCACGAUCAUGAUCACUCUCACGAGGGCCAUGAUCACGACCAUGACCACGAUCAUGAUCACUCUCACGAGGGCCAUGAUCACGACCAUGACCACGAUCAUGAUCACUCUCAUGAGGGACAUGAUCACGACCACGACCACGACCACGACCACGAGGAAGCUGUUUCCCCCGUCACAUCUGCCGCAGCCUCUGCCGCUCCCGCUCCUUCCGGAGAGCACAGCCAUGACCACUCUCACGAAGGACAUGACCACGAUCACGACCAUGACCACGAUCACGACCAUGACCACGAUCACGACCAUGACCACUCUCACGAGGGACAUGACCACGAUCACGACCAUGAUCAUGACCACGAGGGACAUGACCACGACCAUGACCACGAGGAAGCCGUUUCCCCCGUCACCUCCGCCGCAGCCUCCGCCGCUCCCACUCCUUCAGGAGAGCACAGCCAUGACCACGAUCACGACCACGACCACGACCACGAUCACGACCACGACCACGAUCACGACCACGAUCACGAUCAUGACCACGAUCACAGCUCUGUUGCCCCUGGUGCUCAGUCCGAGGCUCCUUCAGCCACCGGAGCUUCUCCCGAGGCUCCUUCUCAGGCUGUUCCCUCGGAGACUCUGGUUGCCCAGGCUAAUGGAGCCUCCAACGUUCUGCCCGGUGCCGUUGCUCUCGUCGCCGUUGCCGCUGCUCUUCUCUAA